GGGACGAACCCGAAACAGGGCCAGUAACGCCAGCCUUAUCUCUUCUCCGCCUCUCUGUCGCUCGCACAUGACGCCCUCCGCAGCGCGCACCCUCUCGCCGCGGCCGCCUCCCGUCCCCCGUCGGCUGAGGCCCUCGAGGUGCUCGAGCGGCGCCGCGACGGAGACGGUCACCGCGGGCUCAGCGAGGGUGACGACCGUCAGCAACCGCGGGGACUCCCUUCCGAUAUGCCGGGUGCUCAACGGCAUGUGGCAGACGAGCGGAGGGUGGGGGCGCAUCGACCGCGACGCCGCCGCCGACGCCAUGCUCGCGUACGCCGACGCCGGACUCUCCACCUUCGACAUGGCCGACCACUAUGGGCCGGCAGAGGAUUUGUAUGGCAUUUUCAUCAAUAGAGUCAGGCGGGAGCGCCCACCUGAGUUGCUCGAAGAAAUCAAGGGGCUUACUAAGUGGGUACCGCCUCCCGUUAAGAUGACAAGAAAAUAUGUUGAGGAUAAUAUCAACAGAUCUAGGAAGAGGAUGGAUGUUGCUGCCUUGGACAUGCUGCAGUUCCAUUGGUGGGAUUACUCAAAUCCUGGAUAUCUGGACGCACUAAAGCAUAUCACAGACCUGAAGGAGGAAGGCAAGAUAAGGACUGUAGCUCUGACGAACUUCGAUACAAACAGACUGCAAAUAAUUCUCGAAAAUGGAAUCCCAGUUGUCAGCAACCAGGUUCAACAUUCUAUUGUUGAUAUGCGCCCGCAGCAAAGAAUGGCAGAGCUUUGCCAGCUUACUGGAGUUAAACUGAUAACGUAUGGGACAGUUAUGGGUGGUCUUUUGUCUGAAAAGUUUCUUGACACCAAUGUGUCAAUACCUUUUGCUGGACCUCCACUAAAUACCCCAUCCUUGCAGAAGUAUAAGAGGAUGGUCGAUGCUUGGGGUGGCUGGAGCCUAUUCCAGGCUUUGCUUCAAACGUUAAAGAAGGUGUCCCUGAAACACGGUGUUUCUAUCGCAACUGUUGCUGUGAGAUACAUACUGAACCAGACAUCCGUUGCAGGUUCCAUGGUGGGCGUGAGAUUGGGACUCUCUGAACACAUUAAAGACACCAACGCCAUAUUCUCACUUGAAUUGGAUGAAGAGGACAUGAACAGCAUCACUGAAGCAUCGAAGAAGGGCAGAAAUUUGAUGGAUAUUAUCGGUGAUUGUGGCGACGAAUACAGAGCUUAGUUUCGUUCAGGGUGCUGCUGCGCUCCUAUUUCCUGUGCCCAAUUUUCUAUAGCUCUGAAUUUGCAGCUGUUUUGCUCUAAGUGUAGCAAGAGGCAAGCCUAUAUCUGAAUGAACUAUUGUUCUAGUGCCACCGUGUAACCUCCACAGAGGAAGCCCCAGUUGUAAAACUGUAAUGUACAUACACAACGAUACUGGUGCCUACUGUGGUAAUUCCUUCGUAGCCGUGUUUAGCGAGUACUGAUUAGACCUACUAUGCAAUUAUACAAGGAUAUCAGAUGUUACCUUCUCAA